CGCGUACAAAUCAAUCAACUUCUGUUUAUACUCAUCCACUUUAUUCAACACCUAUAUAUUCCACACAAACACAAUUUAUUCGUCGAUUGAAUUAUUAUCUUAAAUUUUAAAUUUUUUUAGAUCGGAGAUGAGUUCUAACGGAAACGACGAUGACACGAGUUACAAGACGUCGGAGCCGAUACUCUGCGCCAACGGGUGCGGCUUUUUCGGCUCGGCUUCAACGAAUAAUUUGUGUUCAAAGUGUCACAGAGACCUUGUUAUUCAUGAAGAGCAAGCGGCUUCGGCGAAAAAAGCGGUGGAUAAAAUAGUCGACCGGUUUUCGGUGAAGCCGAAAGUGGUUGAGCCGGUUCAGUUGGUUCAUGUGGCGGAAUCUUCGGCGAGAGUUUCGGAGAAUGAGGAGGUGAAGUCGGCGAACAAGUGUAAGAGCUGUCGGAAGAAGGUGGGAGUUCUGGGGUUUAAGUGCAAGUGUGGGGACGUGUACUGUGGGGUCCAUAGGUAUCCGGAGAAGCAUGAGUGUGAGUUUGAUUUCAAGACUGUCGGAAAGGAAGCUAUUAAGGUUGCUAAUCCGGUUGUUAAGGCUGAUAAGAUCCAGAGGUUCUGAGUUUCGGGUUUAGUUUAAGAUCAAAUUAUUGAAACGAACUGAAUCAGAAUUGGUUUCUUUGGUUGUGGUGGGUGGUUGAGCAGAAAUCAAAGCUCGAUUGGGGUCGUGUGGUAUGUGUUGAUUUUUUAAAAUUGACAACGUGAAUAUAUUACAAAGUUACGAUUAUCUAUGUUAAAUCGAAAUUCUUAUCGAAUAA